AGAAAAUCCUUUGGAAAAUCAUCUCCCGCCAAAAGCGAAAGAGCCCGUUUGUGUUGAUUCUCUCUUCUGCCCACCCCUCCCCACCGCUGCCUUUUCUCGCCCGCUUUCCCUCUUAACACCUGUAUUGUCUCCCUCCCCCCCCCUUCCCUGCCUUUUUACACAAAAUAAACCCUUCGUCUUUUUUUUUUUGGUCGACUACAAGUUGCUUAUUUUGCUUCCCAAUAUCUUUACAUCUUCUUUCUUUUCUGAACAAGAAGUAAAAAAUUCCCAAUGUCUGCUACCAACACAAACGCCUGGCUCAAGGCCCAGCGCAAGGGUGACCUUGUCGAGAUUGCUGAGAACAUCGGCCUCAAGAACUACGAGAGCCUCAAGAAGAGCGACCUCGAGACCGCUCUCGACGAGUUCAUUGCCCAGCACUCCAGCCGCCUUUCUUCCCGCUCCGAUCUCUCGGGCUACUUUGCCAGCCGCGCCAAGGCUCUCGGCUCUCCCGUUAAGAAGGAGAAGGAGACCGUCAAGGAGGAGGUUGAGAAGACUCUCAAGGUUGCUAAGCGCCGUGUCACCAAGGCCGCCGAGGAGGUUGAGGCUGCUUCCACCUCUGUUCUCCGCACUCCUGCUCGCAGCCUUUCCCAGGUCGCAGCCCGCAUCCCUCUUCCCGCUACUCCCGCCGACGUUGCCCAUGCCGUCGACCGCUCUACUAUUGCCAUGCGCAAGCGCGUCAGCUCCAUGUACCAGGAGAGUGGCAUUACCGAGGCCUCCAACGCUACUCGUGAGACCUUGAGCACUGUCAGCAGCAUUCUUUUCGUUGUGGCCGCCUUUGAGCUCUACUACAUCCGCCCAGAGCUCCUUCCCAACGUCCAUGCCUUCACCAUCCCCGCUGUCAGCGGCCUCAACACUGACAAGAUCGCCAUCUCUCUGCCCGACAUGUGGCUCCUCCUCACCAGCAGCUUCUGGUCUCCCGCUCUUACCUGGGCCUUUACCAGCAUUGUCGCUCCCACCCUUGCUGGUUACUUCUUCAACUUGAGCGCCGCUAGCCAGGCUGGUCCCCGUACCCGUGCUCGCGCCACCAACGAGACCACUGUUGACCCCUUGACCUUCAGCAUCGUCAAGGCCCUUUUGGCCUUUGUUGUUUACGGCCAGGGCGUCACCUUCUGUGGCCUGCUCUCCAAGUUCUCCAUUGCUCGCCUCAACAACGCUGUCUACGGCGGCUGGGAGGGUAUCUUGGUCGGCACUGCCAUCACCGGCCUUGUGUCCCUCUACGACGCUGCUCUCCGCAGAUAAUUUGGCUCCUCCAUCAGUAUGAAAUAAGUGCACCGCUUGUUACUGCUCUUGCAGAAGCGGUGCCACCACUGUCUGUAUGAGCUGCGACCGCACAAGUCCAGCUUGCCCAGGCCUCUUUUGACUUUUUUCAAAUUUCUUUUUGCUGAUUGGAUGCUCCUUGAUUAUCUGUUUGGCGUUUAAAUACCAUUGCUUCAAAAAGACACACAGACAAGGUGUCGGCCAAGCGUUGCAGAAAUGCCGGCUGAACUGAAACGUGUUAUAAGCGCUUUGCUGUUGAUGUUGUUAUUCUUGGGUUUGCUUGGUGUCCUUGCGGCUUACUAUUACUACUCGGCUUCCUAUUCUCGCUCGCCCUGUCGCCUACUACUAUUUCGCUGCUACUCCAAUACACUGGCAUCGUCUAUGCUCGUCUUGUCCGGGAGACGAGCGACGCGGAGUUGUUUGGCGUCUACAAACGGGUUGAAUGAUUGCUUUUGAUACCACGGCUUGGGAUUGCGAUUUUUGUUUUUGGAUACGGCAGUUUUAGUCUAUUUUGUUUUCCAUCUGCGUAGCGGCACUUGGACAAGCUAGACUGGACUGCCCAUGACUUGUUUAUAAAUGAAUGAUGGCGGCGCGUCGCGAGGAUUCAUACGUUGGUUGGGCAUGGGGGAGGCACUCACAGGGAAGAAGUGUUUCUCUCAUGCACCACUCUGGGCGUUCCUUGCCGUUGGGUUGCGUUUACUUCUUUUUUUGGUUAUAGCUUUGCUCUUUAUUUAUCUUGGUAAUUACAGCGGGAGGAUGGGCUGAUGGGGGCUUGCGCUUGCGGUAGAGGCAAUAAUGAGAGAAGCGGCAAAGGGGGAUUCACGUAGAACCUUGUUUGUGCUGGAAGACGACGGGUGCAGUUAUUCUUUAAAGAGAUUACGCGUGCAUGAAGGAAAUAUACUUGAUUCUAUUUU